AACAUAUCAAACAAUUUGUUUUGGAAGCUCCCUCCCCUCCCGUCAAAUCUCUUCCAACCCUAAUCCUUUGAUUCCGAUUUCAGUUCCAUCUCUUCCCCUUUCAGAGGAUCCGUCUGUGUAGCUGACGUUAAAACCCUAGCUUUCAUAAUGGAUGCCAAGGACAUUUUAGGACUACCAAAGAUUUCAUUGCCUAUACCCCAGGAAAAGAAAUCCAGACCCCAGAAAGAUUCUCAGAGGAAACCCGAUGGCAUUUCGCGUGAGGUUUAUGCCCUUACAGGUGGCGUGCCGCCUCUUAUGCCUUCCGUUGAUGUCAAUCAGUUGAAAAAGCGUCAUCAACCUGAGAAUGAGAAGAUAACAUGGGAAUGGCUUGCUUUCACAAACUCUGCCCGGAAAGAUAACUUGCAGCUUUACCAUUGGGUCAGAGUUGUAAAUGGAACUCCACCAACAGGAGAUUAUUCCUUUGCAAAGUACAACAAGUCUGUUGAUGUGGUCAAGUACACAGAUGAGGAGUAUGAGAAGCAUCUUACGGAUCCAGCAUGGACCAAAGAAGAGACGGAUCAACUAUUUGAUCUGUGUGAACGAUUUGAUCUUCGCUUUGUUGUAAUUGCUGAUAGAUUUUCAUCAUCUCGAUCAGUGGAGGAACUGAAGAAUCGCUUCUAUAGUGUUUCUCGUGCAAUAUUGAUUGCGAGGGCUCCAUCUCCUGCUGAUGUUUCGGGUCACCCCCUGGUUAAGGAACCAUAUAAUAUCUCUCAAGAGAUUGAGCGCAAGCGUGCAUUGUCUAUGGUCCUCUCUCAGACAAAGCACCAAGAGCGUAAAGAUGCCGAGGUUCUUUCUGAAGCUAAAAAAAUAUCUGAGUCUCGUAUGGCUGCAAAGGCUGCUCAGGAUGCAGAGUUGCCUGUAACAUCAAGUAUUAGCCCUGAAGGCGUGGAAAAGACUACUGCUCCUGUUGAUACUGCAUCACCUUCUAAUAUGCAGGUUUCUGCGGGUGUUGCACCUUUGAUGUCAAUGGCAGAUAAUGCUGCUGCUGCAGCAGCUUCCCUUCGCAUGCUUCGGGUGUACUUGAGAACUUACGCACUGGAUCAAAUGGUGCAAGCUGCAAGCUCAUCUGCAGGAUUGCGAACUAUUAAGCGUGUUGAACAAUUCUUACAAGAGCUUAAGGUGAAUUUGAAACCCAAGGUCCCUACUAAAGCUGUUUGUGCAGAGCAUUUGGAAUUGCGAAAAGAGAUAUUGACUCUUCUAAAUCUUCAGAAAUUGUUGCAAAAUAAGGAGGAAGGUUCAUCUUAUCGUGAAAGUUCAUAUACUGAAACACCAGACACACCAAAGCGUUUACAGCGUGGCAUGGAUCAGGACCGAACAUUCAUUCCUGACUCAGUAAGCUUUGGAGCAAUGUCAGCAGAAAGGGUUGGCAAAAGGGACCAGAAACGCAAGGGACCUGGAAGAGAAGCUCCAUCCUCACCAGCUCAGUCUAAAAGACCGCGAAAGUUGAAGGCUACAGACAGUUAAUAUGGCAGGUGAAAUGGACAUCUGGACGAGUUGCUGUUUAAGAAAAAAAAUAAGCACUCGAUGCAAAAGCAUGUCUUUUGGUUGGUUACUCUUCUUGUUAAGCUAUAUGUAGGGAUGUUGUAAUUGAAGUGUUUUGACUAUACUGCUUAUAACCAAUAAUCCCGCUAGCAUAAUACUUAUGGGAUUGAUUUUGA